GCGAGCACAGGCAUGCCUGAGCCAGGACCCACGCCACCCAUGCUGCUGGUGCUGCUGGCGCUCCGCUGGCUGCCUUCGGGGGGCGCCCCGUCGCUGGCCCAGGAGCACCUCCCGGCCUUUCCAGGGCCCUCCGACGCUCACUCCAGUACCGAGGUCUCCAGAUCCGAGGAGUUUCGGAAACUCUACGGACACCUGCAGGCCAGGUUGCGGUGGAACCAAAGCUGGGAAGAUUCAAACCCUGACCGAGUCAGCUCUGAAGCUCAAGUCCGGAUACUCACUCCCAAACUGCGACUUGGGCUGGGCGGCCACCUGCACCUGCGCCUCGCCCAGACUGACCUGACGGAGGGCCUUCCCGCAUCCUUCCGCCUGCAUCGGGCGCUGUUCAGGCUGUCCCCGACGGAGCCGCGCUCAUGGGACGUGACGCGGCCGCUGCAGCGUCAGCUCAGCCUUGGAGGCUCCGGGGCGCCCGCACUCCACCUGCGACUGUCGCCUCAGAGGGACCGCUUGCUGGCGGCUUUGCCUUCCGCGCGUCCCCAGCUAGAGCUGUACUGGCGGCCGCGCGCCGCCAGAGGGCGUCGAAGUGCGCAUGCGCACGCCGAGGACGGCUGCCCGCUGGGGGCGGGGCGCUGCUGCCGCCUACAAAGCUUGCGCGCGUCGCUCGAGGACUUGGGGUGGGCCAACUGGGUGGUGGCGCCUCGCGUGCUGGACGUGCGCAUGUGUAUCGGCGCGUGCCCAAGCCAGUUCCGGUCGGCCAACACGCACGCGCAGAUGCAGGCGCGCCUGCACGGCCUGAACCCCGACGCGACGCCAGCGCCGUGCUGCGUGCCCGCCAGCUACGAACCCGUGGUGCUCAUGCACCAGGACAGUGACGGUCGAGUGUCGCUUACACCCAUCGACGACCUCGUGGCCAAGGACUGCCACUGCCUAUGAGCGGUCUUAGUCUUUCCCUUACGGCGCGUGCACAGUGGAAGUGACCUCAGAGAUCCUUGCCUGUCCAAUGGGCUUGUGGGUGCUGAGAUACCCGAUUUCCCACCACUGCUGUCUACCCCCUGCGGCGGAGACCGCUGUAUUUAUAAGUUUGUAUUUAUUAUUAAUUUAUUGGGGUGAUCCGCCUGGGGGCUGGAGGGCUGGUCUGAUGGUGUGCAUUUAUUUAAAACUGUGGUAAUAAAAGUGAAGUUGUCUGA